AUGUUCGCCUCGUCACCAUCACCGUCUCGCAACGCGUUCUUCCCUCUCCUCUCCCUCGCCCUCCUCUUCCUGCUCACCCUGCUCCCCACCCCGACCUCCUCCGCCGCGCUCACCACCCUGCUCGAACCGCACGAGCGCUCCUGCUUCUACGCGUGGGUCGACGCCGUCGGCGAAAAAGUUGGCUUCUACUUCGCCGUCCAAUCCGGCGGUCACUUUGACAUCGACUACACCGUCCACGACCCGGACCAGAAACUCAUCACUUCCGGCAACAAAGAACGUCAACUCGACAUCAUCUUCACCGGCAACACCAUUGGAGAAUACACGUUCUGCUUUGAAAACUCCAUGUCCACCAUCGCCGAGAAGCUCAUCGAUUUCGACAUUACCGUCGAAAGCGAACCCAGGCUGGAUGUGCCGAUUCAACCGGCCAAGCUGCUCAAGGAACACAGCGCUCCGUUGGAAGAGGGGAUCGGCAACAUGGAUGAGAAGUUGACGCAGAUCGGCAGGACGCAGAGGUACUUUAGGGUCAGGGAGAAUAGGAACUUUGACACGGUGAGGAGUACCCAGAGCAAGAUCUUCUGGUAUAGUGUCGUGGAGAGCGUUACGAUGGUAGGGAUAAGUGUGGCGCAGGUGUGGAUUGUGAGGGCGCUGUUCGAGAGGGGUAGUACUAAGAGGUAUAGGGUGUGA